CGGUUACAUAAGGGUAAUAAAGUUGUUUCUAGAAAGUCAUUGAUUUUAUGGUUCUUGAGAUUAAGCAAUUAAUCAAUUACACUUACCAAAAACUAAAUAAUUAGUAAGAAGAUUUUCGUACGUUGCUAAAAUAAUUAGAACACAUGUCAGAAGACAAAAGUUGAAAUCUACCAACACACUCAAUGAGACACUUGUGGCCCUUUCAUGAGUAAACCCCAAGUUAAAUUUCCUGUCUCUCCAUCAUACACACGUAUACCAUAUAGCUAAAUUUAGAAUACACAUCUGUAUGCUAAUCAAGCGCAGAGUAUGUUACAACUUUUCUAAUUGAAGCAACAGAUAUAAACCACUCAUGCCACACCAAAUGUUGAGGGCGCAAUGGGUCAUAACUGCUGCAACAAACAGAAAGUGAAGAGAGGCCUCUGGUCUCCUGAAGAAGAUGAGAAACUCAUCAGAUACAUAACCACCCAUGGCCAUGGUUCUUGGAGUUCUCUUCCAAGAUUAGCUGGGUUACAGAGGUGUGGUAAGAGUUGCAGACUGAGAUGGAUAAACUAUUUGAGACCGGAUCUCAAAAGGGGUUCCUUUACCGAGCAAGAAGAGAAGAUAAUCAUCGACGUUCAUCGAAUUCUGGGCAAUAGAUGGGCUCAGAUAGCUAAGCACCUGCCAGGGAGGACAGACAACGAGGUGAAGAAUUUUUGGAACUCAUGCAUUAAGAAGAAGCUUAUUGCGCAGGGGAUAGAUCCCCAAACUCAUAACCUCAUUUCCCCAGGCAAAUAUCAGAACUUUAACAACAAUUACACCAAACCUAUGUCCACCUGGAAUUCACAGUCUUUAUCAUCAAUGCAUGAAAUUUCAGUUGCUUCAUCGACCUGUGAAUACCAAAACCCUGAUACCAUUUGGACAACUCAAGAACAAACUCCACAGUCAAUGCCAAUUUCCUUCACUCCAUUCCAUGAACCAUCAUUGUCAGGGUUGGGAGGACAAAGAGAGUACUACUGUUGGGGCAACGAGUGCACAAGAAAUGGAGCAAUAACGCAGGUGAACAUUCAUGAUCGGCAGAAGGCAGUCGCUUGUGAAAAUCCAUUGAUGGAAUUAGGCUCAAGCAGCUUCGAUUUUGAGUUUGUGGAGUCUACACUAAUCACUAAUGGUCUGUGGAGUCUAAACUAAUCACUAAUGCCUAUUGAGUACUUAUGUUAUAAUUAAUUAACUUGCGUGGGACAUUUUCUUUUCUUCUUCUAUGUAUUUUGUAAGUUUUCGAGUUUCUUUGGCCUUCUUAUUCAUUCCUGUUUACUCCCUCCUUAUCAAAUUAUAAUUAAGGCCUUUGAUUUUU